AUGGCGACAAAGGAAAAGAAACAGAAGAAGCCCAAAGCUUCCAAGUCGGAAUUGAAGACCGAGAGCUCCGGGAAGACUAUCGAAAUUGAGAAGGUCGAAUCGACAGAAGUUGCUGAGAUGGCAGAGUCUGAAGCCGCUGUAUCUUCUUCCAAGCGCAAGAUCGAACUCGAAGAAAUCGAAGUCGACGUAGACGCACCCGAGCCCCCGUCUAAGCGUGCAAAGCGUGCCCUCAAAAAGGGAAAGUCAUUGCCCUCGAAACAGGAUAGCGAUGACGAGAAAAGGGGCGAUAAAGAUGGCAAGGAUAAGAAAGCCGCUCGGUCAGAGCACAGUGUCUGGAUCGGCAACAUGCCAUUUCAUGUCACGGCUACAGAACUUCGCAAGUGGCUCGUCGAUAACUCCGGAGGCGUCAUCACUGAAGAGAUGAUCACUCGGGUCAAGCUACCAACCAACAAGGAACCUGGCCGGGAUAAGAAUGUCAAACCAGCAAACAAGGGGUUUGCCUACGUCGAUUUUACAGAAAUCGGUCCCAAAGUCUCCGCUAUCUCUCUGACCGAGAGUGACCUUGGUGGUCGAAAACUUCUCAUCAAGGAUGCGACAUCGUUUGAGGGUCGGCCCAAAAAGGAGGCUGAGUCCACAGAAGAGGAUGCCAAUGAGGGAAAGACCAGCAAGGAGCAAAAGCAAGAUGCUAAUGCCAGUCGCAAGAUUUUUGUGGGCAAUAUGAGCUUCAAAACAACUGAGGACGAUCUAUACAGAAACUUUGAGAAGUGCGGCGAGAUCGAAUGGGCCAAGGUUGCGACCUUCGAGGAUACUGGGAAGUGCAAGGGCUUUGGUUGGGUCAAGUUCCAGGACCCCACUGCUGCUGCAUGGGCGGUCAAAGGUUUUGUCAAAAUUAAAGAGGCAGUCGACACAGAGGACGAUUUCAAGGACGAUGAAGAGAAGAACAAGUCGCAGCAGAAGCAGUUCAAGACACGCAAGUGGUGGGUAAACCGAAUGCUGGGUCGCGAGCUCAAGGUGGAGUUGGCCGAGGAUGAUCAAGUACGGUACAAGAAGCGGUUCGGCAAGGAUCGUAAGGCGCUUCCCGACAAGGACAGUAACCCACGAGGUCGACCUCCGCCGCGCAAGUAUGAUCAAACGAAUGGCGCAGUGCGGGAGAGUCAUGAUACUCGUGGGGGGGCUGCGAAGCCGCUCAAGGAGGCUGAGGAUAUAUCUGUUGCGAGACUGACGGGCGCGGUUGUGAAGCAUACGGGUACCAAGAUGACGUUUGACUAAGUACAGCGAUACACAUUCCAUGUUCCGAGA